AUGACUGGUUUCCUUUCAAACCUGGUUCAGUACCAGGGGCUCUUUCGGAUGAUCACAGUCCUGGGCAUUGGUGGCACAUUCCAAAUUGGCUUUCAGAUCUCCACCAUCACCUACAUGUCUCAGCACGUUAAGGCUUUCAUUAAUGAGACGUGGCUGGAGCGCUAUGGCCACCCCAUCCAGCAGGACAACCUCCUGUUCCUGUGGUCCUUCACUGUGUCCAUCUUUGGCAUAGGAGGGCUCCUGGGCUCCUCAGGCAGCAGAUACCUCACUGUCAAAUUUGGCAAAAAGAAAUGUCUCUUGUGCAACAACGUGCUGAUGAUAGUGGCAGCCUCCAUCAUGGGCUGCAGUAAAAUAUCCCAGUCCUUUGAGAUGAUUCUGAUUGGACGCUUCAUGUGUGGAGUGAGUGCAGGUCUUUGUGUUCCUCUACAUCACCAAUAUGUUGGAGAAAUUUCCCCCAGGAAGCUCCGUGGAUUUGCAAACUCGACUUCCUCCUUCUUUUGGACGUUGGGAAAAGCCAUAGGACAAAUUUCAGGACAAAGGGAGCUGCUGGGCAGCCAGGCUCUGUGGCCCCUGCUGAUGGCCUCCUGUGGCCUGCCAGCCCUGGUGCAGCUGCUCGCCCUUCCCUUCUUCCCAGAGUCCCCACCCUACCUCCUCAUGCAGAAAGGAGACCAGGAAGCCUGCAAAAAAGCCAUCAGGAAGCUCUGGGGGGAAGGAGACCACCAAGCAGAAAUUGAUGACAUUAUGAAGGAGAAGGGCGCCGUGGCGAGCACCAAAACCCUGCGUGUCCUUGAAGUGCUGCAAGAGCGAUCCCUGCGCUGGCAGCUCUACAUCCUGCUGAUUGUCAUGACCACGCUGCAGCUCUGUGGCAUAAAUGCAAUCUACUUCUAUUCUUUUGAAGUGUUCCACACAGCCAAGUUUGAAGAAUACCUGAUCCCAUACGUGUCCCUGGGAGUUGGGCUGUGUGAGUGCUUGUCCUCCAUACUGUGUAGCACCCUCAUAGAUCGCUUUGGGCGGAAGGUGCUGCUCUGGGGCGGGUACCUGCUGAUGUGCUCUGUGCUGGCCCUGCUCACCACCACCCUGUCACUGCAGCAUCGCUUUUUCUGGAUGCAUUACUUCAGUGUCAUCUUGAUCUUCCUGUUCGUUGUCUUCUUUGGAAUUGGACCGUCUGGAGCCACCAUAUCUGUGAUGGUUGAAAUCUUCAGCCAGUCAUACAGACCAUCAGCCUUCCUGAUUGUUGGCUGCAUCAACUGGAUGGGACUCUUUGUACUUGGCAUGAUUUUUCCCGUGAUUGUUGAUAACCUUGGACCCCUCUGCUUCCUCAUCUUUUUGGGAAUCCUUUUUGUAUCAGCAAUUUUCAUCUACCUGUAUCUUCCUGAGACCAAGGGAAAAUCAAUCAUGGAAAUAAAAGCAGAAUUCAACAAGCUGAACUUUGGGAAAAAAGAAACCUCUGUCACUGAAAAUAACCUUCCUAAGGAACAGUUGUAUUGCACCAAGCUCUGA